AAGUCUAACAGUGAAUUGCUCAGCAAUUGUAAUUUACUCGGUGGUUCUAAUAUCAACAAUGUUCUUCUCUCUUCUUUUUUUUAUAGCUCUACGUAUUGGAUUGAAGACGUCAGCUCAUUUGUGGGCGCUGCUGUGACGAUCGGAGUGGUGUUCGGUUUCUUCUAUGCAUUUUUUGUGGUGACACUUUAUGCAGCCGCCACCUUUAGGAGCCAGCGGAGCUGUGGUAUAAUAAUUUCUUCUAUGGAGUGUGUGUACGGUAUAUCUAACACAGUGGGCUUCCUUGUCGGAACUGCUCUCCUUGAGUGGUGGCCAGAUGCUAUACCGUUCUUUAUUUCCGGUGGUUGUAUGUUUCUCGGUGCACCGUUUAUACUACUACGAUCUCCAGCCAAAUCAAUUAAAAUUCCAAGAGACCAACCUGAACAAAAUGCUAUCCGCCUCUUGUCCAACGCUCCAAUGGUUCUCAGCGUUGCAAAUGUCGGAAUCGCCAUAUCGGCCCUCGGCUUUCACGACGGAACUUUGGAAUUCCAUCUCAAGGAAGGGGAGUUCCGCCUUCCCGACAUAGAAGUGGCUGCUGUGUUCUCUGUUCUCUACAUCUCUUACUCACUGGGAGCUCUCUUCUGGGGAUACCUAUUCACAUACAAGUUGGAACAAGAGGACGUUUCGGUGCUGCUCGGAUUUAUGAUAAUGGCCGUGGCGUUCCUCUUCGUGGGUCCCGCUCCGUUCCUGCCGAUUCCGCCAUAUCUGUGGAUCGUCUACCUCACCCAAGCCACGAUAGGUUUUGGUAGUGCUGCUGUGGUCGUGGCCAGCUACAGCCUCGCACUCAAGAAAGCCAUUGAACGAGGAUUUCCAGACAGUAUGUGGACUUACGCUACUGUUUGUGGGUUCCUCUUCGGUGCGAUUACUCUUGGGUCAUCAGUAGCGCCACUGCUGAGCAGAUAUGCCGCAGAAAACAUAGGCUACGAUAAUGCAUCUCUGGUCAUGCUUGCUGUAUUGGUCAUCUGUGUUAUUAUGAACUUCGCCUCGUGCAUCAGAAACUCUAAGCGGAGGCGGACUAUCCUUCGCGACACAACGGAGGAUGGAGCGUACCAUAGAAGAGAUGAUCCCUGACGAAACCGUCACCUCUCGUCUUGGGCAUUGUCCUCUCCCUUUGAUGUGCGACUUCCACUCGCCCAUAUACAAGGCCCCUUGGUCUUUCUUCUACCUA